AUGUCUACCACUAGCACAGACAGCCUCCUCACGGAGGACAUGCCACCCAACGCCAUUGCUGUCGUCGGCGUGGGUUGCAAAUUUCCCGGCGCCGACUCAGUUGAGGAUUUCUGGCGCAUGCUAGACGCGGGAGAGUCGAAACUAAGCGAACCACCCAGCGGACGCUUCCCUGCUCAUGAACACCAACGUGACACGGACAAGACGGUAUACUUCGGAAACUACCUUGACGACAUUGCCAGCUUUGACCAUCGUUUCUUCAAGAAGUCAGGCCGCGAAGCAGCGUCCUUAGACCCUCAGCAACGACUCCUGCUAGAGGUUUCCUACCAAGCUCUUGAGUCGGCCGGCUUCUUCGGCCCCCGCAAGCCCGACUUAGACGUCGGCUGCUUUAUCGGCGUAUGUGCGUCAGACUACAAUGACAACGUAGCCAGCCAUCCGGCCAACGCCUUUUCUGCUCUGGGGACUCUGAGAGCUUUCGUCCCCGGCAGGAUCAGCCACUUCUUCGGGUUGUCUGGACCUUCAAUUGCCCUGGACACGGCCUGCUCAUCAUCAGCAGUCGCCAUCGACGCUGCCUGCAAAGCAAUCCUGCACGGCGACUGCAAGAGCGCCAUCGCCGGCGGUGUCUCCAUUUUCACAAGCCCAUUCUUCUACCAGAACCUGGCUGCCGCCUCAUUUCUUAGCCCCACUGGCGCGAGCAAGUCCUUUGACGCCAGUGCUGACGGGUACUGCCGUGGCGAGGGAGUCGGCCUUGUCGUUUUGAAGCGACUUUCUGAUGCGGUUGCCGACGGCGAUAAUGUGCUUGGUACGAUACUCGCUACCGCUGUUAGGCAGAGCAGCAGCAAAGUGCCCAUCACCGUUCCGUAUAGCCCGUCACAAACGGAACUCUACCGCAAGCUUUUGACUACGGCUGGUAUCGCGGCUGAAGACGUUACUUACGUUGAAGCUCACGGUACGGGGACGCCCGUUGGCGACCCCCUCGAGUUCGGCGCCAUCAAGGAGGUCUUUGCCGGCGGGAAGAGAGAUGUCCCUCUUCAUUUUGCGUCUGUAAAAGGAAACAUCGGUCAUACUGAAGGGGCUUCUGGAGUCGCUGGUCUCAUCAAGACUCUUUUGAUGAUGCAGUAUCGCGCCAUUCCCAGACAGGCGCAUUUUCAAUCUCCUCAUCCCAAGAUUAGCCUGGUUCCCGGGCGAAUGUCGAUCCCGACAGAAACCAUCCCUUGGAUUGCCGACACACUCAUUGCUUGUGUGAACAAUUACGGGGCAGCUGGUAGUAUAGCCGCCAUGCUCGUCAGGGAGCCGCCUUCGAAGACCGCCCUGGCACGGAGCUACCAAGACACCGCAUCAAGUAACGUCGAUAAAUUCCCCGUAAUCAUUACUGCCAACAGUGUCAAGAGCCUCCAUGAGAACGCCGCCAAGCUGUUAGACUAUAUCUCCUCUCUCCGCAGGGGCUCAGCUUCAGAGGUCGAAAUACUGGCUGAUAUCGGGUUCAACUUGAGCGAGAGGCAGAAUCGGACUCUCCCAAACAUGCUUGCAACAACAGCCUCGAGCCUUUCAGAGUUGGAAAAUCAACUUCAGGUUGUGGCUUUCAAUCCCGAGUCACCUCUCUGCCAGAUCAACCCCAAGCCCAAUCCAGUUGUCAUCAUCUUCGGCGGCCAAACCUCCCGCUCUGUGGGCCUCAGCAAGCACGUCUAUGACAGUUCGGCACUCCUUCGCAAGUAUCUUGACGAAUGCAACGGUAUAAUACAAGGCUUCGCACACCCGGGAAUCUAUCCGGGUAUAUUUGCGACCCAGCCAGUUGAUGAUGUGGUUUCGCUGCAGACGAUGCAGUUUGCCCUUCACUAUGCCUGCGCUCAGUCCUGGAUCGCUUGCGGCUUACAAAUUGAUUGCGUUUUGGGUCAUUCCUUCGGUCAGCUCGUCGCUAUGGUCGUUGCUGGCGUUCUGUCUCUUGCGGACGGCCUCAAAUUGGUGUAUGGGCGAGCCCUUUUGAUGCGCCAGAAAUGGGGCUCGGAAAGGGGCUCCAUGAUUGCUCUAGAGGCUGAUUACGAGACCACAAAGGACCUAAUCUCAACAGUGCAGAGACUGGACGUCUCUUCUGACUACCGUCUCGAGAUAGCUUGCUUCAACGGGCCUUCAAGUCAUGUUCUCGUGGGGUCUUCUGCUGCAGUUGAUGCUGCUCACGUUCAAUUCAUGAGCAGAAGUCCUAAGGGCAGGGCCAAGGUCUUGAAUGUCACGCACGGGUUCCACUCGAGGUUCAGCGACCCGAUUCUUGCGGACUUGGAGAAGCUCGUCGAGAAGUUGUCUUUUAACAAGCCCGUGAUUCACUUCGAGACCUGCUCGAUGGGAGAGACCUUGUUCGACAUCACGGCCAAGCAAGUCGCCGAUCACACUCGCUCACCCGUCUACUUCGAAGAUGCCGUGAAACGUAUUGAGGCCCGCUUCGGCGCAUGCACAUGGCUGGAAGCUGGGUCUAACUCAGCGGUUACUAGCAUCGCUAGACGCGCUCUUUCUACCAGCAACACCGAUGACCACCUGUUCUGUCCCAUUAACUUGACUCGGGAUGACGCGUUGAAUUCGGUAGCAGACACAACCGUCAAUCUCUGGAGGCAUGGCCACCAUGUUCAGUUCUGGCAUUUCCACCAUUUCCAGAAGCAAAGCUAUCAAGCCCUGAAUCUUCCUCCCUACCAGUUCGAGAAGACGCGACACUGGCUGGACUUCGACCUUAAGGCGGGGAUCUCAUCUGAGCUGUCCCAAGUGCCGGCGAAAGCGCCCGAGUCUCUUGUCGUCGAGCCAGAGCCAGAGCCGGUGCUCAUUACGCUAUCCGGGUUUCAAGAUGGGGCAUCCCGUGGCCCCAGAAAUGCGACUUUUACCAUCGAUCCUCGUUCCGAAUGCUGGAGGGUGCUCGUCAGUGGCCAUGCUGUGCUGAACAAGGCACUUUGUCCAGCGACUAUGUAUAUCGAGCUAGUCAUGCAGGCCGCCAAGCAGCUCGCGGCCGUUGAGAACAUCGCUUGUGCGCCUUUUGCACGUGUAGAUGAUCUGGAGAUUUCCACGCCUCUCGGAAUAGGGGAGGAUAGGAUCGUUCAGCUUGUUUUGAGUCCGUUGGAUCAGAUUGGUUGCAAGUUCGACUUUGCCUUCGUCUCACAAGAGCGUUCAAGUAGACAAUCGCAGGUCACUACUACGCAUGCUACCGGAAAGUGCGAAAUAGUACCGUCAACCGACAAGAGCAUCACGACUGAACUAGAACGGACCAGCAAGCUCCUUCAUCGCAUGCAAAAGAACCAAGACAUGGGUCAGAUGUUUACCGAGAUGGCUACGCAGCCUGGAGGCGAAGCUGUCCAAGGCAAGCUUGUGUACAAGGUGUUCUCCAGGGUCGUUCAAUACGGCGACAUUUACCAAGGCGUCCGCAGAGUCGCCGGCAACAGCGACGGUGCCGUCGUUGCCGAUGUUGUCUUGCCCAAGGCACAGCCUACCUGCACACAAGAUCUCGUCUCUACACCCGUCGCUAUCGACAACUUCUUCCAGGUCCCCGGUCUAUACGCCAACUGCCUUGCUCCUUGUCCGCCAGAUGAUGUGCUCGUCUCUACAUACGUCGACCGCAUUCAAUUGUCGCCUGAUUUUGGCAAGGCACAGGCCGAAGGGAGCAGCCCUGGCUGGGAUGUUUUUGCGAUAUCCACCGCUACGAGCGACAGGGAGAGCAGCAACGACAUUUUUGUCACAGAUAAGAUCACUGGACAGCUCGUUUUCGUUGCUUCCGGAGCCAAGUUUAGCAGAGUUAGGAUGGCAUCUCUCGCCAAGAUUCUGUCCCGGGCGAACCCUUCCGAUAAUUCUGAGGCUGUGUGUUCCAAAACAUACCAACGAAGUUCGGCGAUAGCUAUCAAGCCCGCCACAACUGAGGCAGCGCCUUUGAAGGCUCCAUCGCCAGCUUCCAUUUCUCUUCCAAGCAUCGCGGCUGCAUUCAAUAGCAUACUGCCAUCUUCACCGCCGGUCCGACCAGCGAUUGCUCCGAGUGUGGCAGAUGAGCUGUGUGACUUGCUGAGCAAGAUGACAGACGUUCCAGCAGAUCAAUUCCAUGGUGACACCACGCUUGAGGAAUUGGGCAUUGACUCUCUGAUGGCUACGGAAAUCGUAUCUGAGGUCAACGAGGUGUUCAAGAUCUUGAUCCCGCAGGAUCAACUUCAGGAUAUGCAGACCUUCUCAGCCCUUUGCGCCUACCUCGAUGGCUAUGGAGCUCAACAAGCAUCUCAGAGGCUUCAGGGGACCCCUCAGGUUUUGAAGAAUCCCGUUGUAGCUGUUCCCUUCGACCAACCCACGAAUCCGGCGGAUCGAAACAUCAUUUCUGACUCUGAAUUCCAGCCUCACGCGUCAGUGGCAGGGCCAGCCGUCUUACAAGAGCAAAACUAG